UUUGUUCAUGUUGUUCCAAAAUGCUAGAUCUGUCUCUGUUGUACAGACCAGAAUCAGAACAAACUUCUCUGGUUUCAUGUCAGAAUCAACAAAAUAUUUCUGUUAGCUAAAAGCCUCAAUCAUAAGAGAAAAUGUCAGAGAUUAUUUUAUUCUGAAGUUUACAUUCAAAAUGAUUACUGUUUCAUGAACUAAUGAGGGAAAGCCCAGAGGAUGAUGUCACGGCUUUGGAAACUUCUGAUUGGUUAGCUGAGACAUAUAAGUUAUUGGAGACUCACCUCCAGUUUCUAGAUGCUUGAAAGAGCCUCAUUCAUCUGUUCAAAGUAUGAUAGCAAAGGAAGACAUGAUGCGAAUGUCCAACCAUCAUACGGAUCAGGAAGAGAUGGGUUCUGAUCCAAAAUGGGCCGCUCAGCGAGUAAGAAGCCAUUACUCCAAAAGAAACAUAAAAAAACAGUUUGCAGAUGACCUCCCUUCAUGCAAAAUUGACACUUUUAAUGCAACCUUGCAUUAAAAUGGUCAUUAUUUACCAAAAAGCACUUCUUGACAAAAAUAAUAGACAUUCAUAGAGAGUCCUUCAUGUUGAUGAUAUAAGAUCUUUUAUUUGUCAUUAUGUAUCAAGAACUUUACGAAACUGGAGAUGACUUGAGUUUUGUCACAUCUCUUCAAAUAAAGUGACACCAAAAUUUUUUACGAUAAAUAAUAAACAAUAUGAUGAAUGCCCAUCCCUGGCUCGCUGGUUCUGACUGUGUUCUGACCCGCAGAACCAGAACAUUCAGUUGAAACGGAAACAGUUUUCAGUUCCAGUUCUCUGCAGCUGCAUCUGCAGUUCAGUGUUUCUUCUUCUUCUUAUCCUUUAUUUGCAUGAAGCCCGGCGCUGAUUUUACUUUCAUCAGACCUCAUUUCCCUUCAUUAUCCUUCUCUUGUUCUGCCGGACCCGUCUGGUGUCGGCUGGAGCGCCGUUUGCGGACGGCGGAGCAGGCCUUCAGGCAGAUCCAGAACAUCGUGGACUUCACCUCCAAUGUCAUAAGCUGCCUGCUGGGGGAAAAGUUUGUCCACAGUGGGGAAGUGGUCAGAUUGCCGCUGGAGUUCGUUCGACAAUUAUCCAUCAAGAUUCAGCAUCAGAGGCCAGCGUGGCGCUGUGAUAAAGUCAUGGACAUCUACAGCGGCUGCGCUCUGUGUCUGCCCAACCUGACGUCUCCAACCCUUCACCAGCCCACGCCGACCCCGCCCCUCUGCAUCGAGAUCAAGCCUAAAUGUGGCUUCCUGCCGUCCCCCAAACACGUCAGCAAGGACAUCAAGACCAGAGUGUGUCGUUACUGCAUGCACCAGCACUACAAGGUGGCCAACGGGAAGUGGAAGAGACGCAGCCUGUACUGUCCCCUGGACCUGUUCUCAGGAAACAAACAGAGAAUGCACUUCGCCAUCAGACACCUGAUAGAAGAACCUCAGAAUAACCUCAAAGUAUUUAAGGGUGGUCAGUGUAUCUACAGCAGUAAGGAGGGUAGUGACGAGUCGCCCGACACAAACUCUCUGCUGCAUCACCUCAGACCUUACUUCCUGCGUGGAAACAACCGCGUCAACGGUCACGUGACCACCAAAGCCGUCCUAAACGACUUCAUACAGGUCCUGGGGAACGCCCUGCUGAGCGCUGCAGGAGGAGAUGGAGGUCAGGUGACCGACAGGACAGGAGAAGGGCGGAGCUUCUGCGAGGCCAGUCUGUUUAACAGGGAGCGGAUUCGCCACGGAUCUCAAGGUUUACCCACCAACAACAUUUUGUCCAGAAUCCUUCAGACUCAGAUGUUGGACUCGUUGGACAUCGAAGGACUUUAUCCUCUGUACUGCCGAGUGGAGCAACACCUGCAGGACUUCCCCAAGGACAGGACCGGCCUCCAGAUAGACGGACCGUACGACCAGAACUUCUUGGAGAAAGUGCAGAAAUGUUUGAUGGAGGACGACGACUCUGUGGAGUACGCUGCUGCCAAGGUCCAUCAGUACCGGAUCGCCAUGACAGCUAAGGACUGCUCCAUCAUGGUUACACUGGUUCCCAGUAGUGAGGAAGAGGACGAUGAUGAAGAUCUCUCCUCCCAGAAGCGUCUCAGGGACUUCAGACCUCAGGCCUUCUCCUCCUCCGUCUCCGUCCUGGAUCUAGACCCCAAGCCGCUGGACAGCGUCCCCCGCCAGCUGCGUCUGGACCAGAAGAUCGUCUCCUGUUACCUAAGGACGGGCGGUACCUUGCCCAACAGCUCCCUGCCGCCGCUGCCCAGCAUCCUGGCGGCGGAGAGGGAGGAGCGGGCGCUGUGUUUCCAGGCUGUGUGAACGGACCGGUUCUGAGGUCAACAGAUCACCGCCCAGAGAGCAGUUCGACCGGAACCCAGCGCCGGUUCUGUCUUACUUCACCACAAACUCGCAGCUUCACUCUGACCUCUCCUGAAGCUGUUGUCAUAGCAACGGGCUCUGAUGCUCUGAGGUCGUCAUCAUCAAACACUGUCAGCAGGCGUCUGCUGAAACGCUUUAAAAGGUCAAAUUAAAGGGUCUGUUGACCCCGACCAGAACCAGCAGAACCUCCUGGGUCGGUUGAUUCUGGUCGCUGUAUCCGGGCUCCAACAGAGCUGGGACAGAACCGCUGAUGUUUCCACUGAUAACAGGAAGGAAUUUACUGUCAGGCAGCAACAGGACAGCCUUUUACUGGGUCCAGCUUCGGGUUGAGCCAGAACCUCCCAGCGACUGAGGAGAGCGGGUUUGGUUCUGUUUGUGCCGUACCGGACCGGACCGCUCACUAGAGCCAGAACAGAUUUCAGUCUGGACGUUAAACAAACAGCAGCAUUCAAAGGUUCUGAUCCGGUCCCUGUUCUUUCCUCUUAUCCGGUUCCUUCCUCUCUCUGUUCUGGUUCUGCAAGUCUUCCAGACGAUUCUUUUGGACUUUGGCUGAUAUUCAGUCCUUUUCAGUCCAACAGAACCUGGAGUACCUUAUGGAGGUUCUGGAGAACCGCUGAUCCAAACAGAGAAGAAGUAGUGAGGAAAUGAGGACCGUUUGGAUAUCAGAAGGUUCUGAGGUCCGAUUUCUGGACUGAAAGCUGCUCCAGAGUCCAACCGGACCCCUUCAGAAUCGUUCUAGAACUCAGAGCGUUCGGCUGACCUGGACUCUGCUGUGAAGGUCCGAUUUGACCUCUGACCUGCUGGUUUCUGUGCCAAACAUGACUGGUGCCGGUUCUGGAGGACGGUGAUGGUGCGUUUGUUGAGGAAGCUAACUCUGUUACAGGUUGCGUUCCCCUGCAGCCCGACCCGUUCAACAGGUCUGGACAGAUUCUGCUGGACCGGCGGCAGCGGCUUCAGAGAAACCGCUGACCUGUGACCUCGGUUCCUGUCGAAGGCGCUCUCUUUUUGCCAAUCAGUAGCAGUGUGUCCUCACUGGAACCGCUCACUGAUCACUGGAUGUGCCCUGUCUGAACGGUGCCGCAGACUGGAAACGUUCCAGUUCAACUGGGAGGAUUUUCAGGUUACAGCUCAUAAACUGUACAAUGUUGAUAAAGUCGAUCUGAUGAUGAAGCUGAGACGCUCCAAAGGUUUACAAACUCCUGUGAACAUAUCCACUUCCUAUGAGGCAAAAGGCGACUUUAUUCACCUUUAAUGUGACAUAUAUCCUGAAAGACUCACCUGGAACACAAACUAACCGCUUAGUGGGGAAAACAGAACCAAUAAAUCUGUAACAACCCAGUCAAGUUUACACACCCUCCAACUAGCAGGUUCUGGUCCAGUUCUAGCAUUCGGGUGAAUCUGAUGAACCUGAAGUAAAGUUCAGCUGGGAUCUUCCUCACAUCUGCUCAUGUUCCACAGGGUCUGACGGUUUAAAGGUAUCAGUCAGGAGAAGGGCACAGCACACUGAUCUGCUAGAAAACUGAAGGAUUUUAUUUUCCAUCAUCUCCGAGAGACCAAACAUCCAGUCAGAACAUUUAAUGAAUGAUUUUAUGGGAGGAAAAUUACAUAGUUUUAGAACGGCCUAGUUAAAGUCCAGACUGAAAAUCAAUGAGCUGAAGAGGCGAGUGAAGAAUAGACUGGAGAACCUUUAUAAAGCAGGCAGAAUGACUCCCUGAAACCAAGACGGUUAUGUUGAGGGUGUGAAAACGUAUUCAUGCAGGUUUUCCAGGAUAAAUGUCACAUUAAAUGUUUCCAGAACUUUCACCGCUCGACGUCUCGCCACUACAGGAAGUGACUUUAACAGGGGUGUGAAAACUUUACAGCCCUGCUUUUAGAAAAGAUGACCAUUUCUGAAAACUAACAAACGAUGAUAGCAAAGGGGAACGUUCAGGUUGUUUAAUACAAAAAGAAAAAAUAAAUGUUAAAAAUAAAUGACAUAUGAACAGUUUUAGUUUGAUUUUUAUGUUAAGAAAUUAAAAAAUAUUUUAAACGUUCAGAAAAUUGGAUAAAAAUGUGAAAUCAGAAGAUUUUUAGUUACAUUUAGCUUCAGUUUUCUGUUGAAAUUGUUAAAAAUCUGAGCUGGAACCUGAUUGGCCGGCUGCCUGAGCGCCUCCGUUCGCUGAGGGUCAUAGGUCAUCAGCUCUGCGAUUCCUGCAGACUGGAAAUCAAAGCAACAGAAGCUCUGAGGAUGUAAAGGCCAAACAGCUGCCUGGUGUUUUCUACUGAAAUCAUUUUAUUUUUGUAGAUUUGAACCAACAAGCUUCGCUGGUUCUGCCGUCACAGUCACGCUCUUUGUAUCAGAAUAAACAUUUGUACCGGACCGAAC